AUGCCGCGACCCAAGCGAACGCGUCGCGCCCCAGCCGCUUCAGCUGUCGCCGCUGUGACCGCUGUCGCGACCGAGGAUAAAUCGAGCCCCGCGCCUGCUUCGGGCAGCGACAUUUACAGCCAUAGCGAUCGCGAACAUUCGGUCAUCAGGAAGGAGCAUGAAGAGGAGACGCGACUGCGCAGGAGCACCAGUUUGCGCCAGAGGAAGGCGGCGGGUGGCGCAUCAGACGAGGCUACGGAAAGCACCAAAAACAACAAUGGGAAGCCGGCGGAGGACCAGCAGAAGUCUGACUCGUCAGUUGAGGCGGGACGGAAGACACGCGCGACACCGGUGCAGCAACGGAGGGAUACCACGGGCUUGGACUUGGACGACGACUUGUUCGGACUCGAUACCACGAUGGACGACGAUGAUGAUCCCGCCGCUGCGCCGCCGAGUGCGCCCCGCUCCGAUACCUCGACCUUCAGUGUGAGCAACUUCCGGCGUCGGGGUCGCGCGCCGAGUAUCAGCAUCAACAAGGACGACAACCCCAUCAGGCCGAGCAGUCGCGGGAUCAGCACGCCGGGCAUCAGCUCCAUGUUCAACAUCGGUAACUUUAGGCGCAGACAGAGGGAGCCGAGUAUCUUGGGAACGGCACAGAAGGAGCGUGCUCAGCGUCCGCUGGAGCCAUCGUCCGAACCUGAGUCUGGGGACGAAAAUGAGGAAGACUUCAACCCAGAGGCGGAGUCGACCCCCAUCAACAACCGUCGCAGGACGCAGCCGCCACCUGCAGUUGAGCCUGACUCCGAUUCGGAGGCUGAGCCGGUGACCGAUUCUCAACAGGUUUUGGCGCCAGAUUCACAGCCCGAACGGGAGGCCGCGGCUACUUCCAGCGCCAAGUCUCGGAAGCGGAAGAGUGUGGAAAGCCAUGACGAUGAAGACCGUCCUGGCAAGACUUCGCGGACAGAGCCUGAGCAGCCCGAGCUGAUUGAUGACGACAGCGACUCGUCUCUGUCUGACUUGCCUUCCCCUGUGCUGACUCCUACACGGGCAUCAAAUAUCCCUCGCCCAGUCACGCCCAACCAGGAUGAGAUCAUGGCACCGCCCGAGAGCAGCGGCUCUGAAGACAACGAGGCGUGGCCCGACAUUCACACAUUGGCCAAGCAUCGUCGUCGUCGCGCCUCGCCGACUACGCCGAUGCGGGACGGCAACAUGUCUGAUGUCUCAUCCCCGCCCUCCCUCACCCACUCGCCCAAUUUCCCCGCCACACGCAAGAACGCUCAGAAAAAGAAGCAGCAAAAGAAGAUGACGACAGCAGAACUGACGGGCUUGCUGCCCCAGAGACGCCACAAGAAGACCCGCGAUCCUUUUGACGCGGAAGACUCAGAGGAUGAGGAUGAGGAUGUUGAGAACGCAAACGGGGCCCCGGACGACGACGAGCUUUCGUACGCCGAUACGCGCACGCGUUCACGACGGGCGAAGGCGGCGCCUCUCAACCGUAGCUCAGCCAACCGGCCUCCCUCCCGCGGCGGCAAGACCACUGCGACUGCAAAAUCUAAGCCAGCGACGAGAAGCAGCCGUCCCUCGCGCACCUACAGCCGUCGUCUGUCUGAUAAGGAGAAUCAGGUCGAAGACGAGGGUGCUGAGGUCGAGGAUGCUGAGGACGUGGCGGAGCCUGCGGGCGAGGCCGAGGAAAGCUUCGCUCCGGGUGCUGAGGAUGAGACAGUGGAACUGCCAGAAGGCAGCGAUCCUAUGCCUACUGCCGAAGAGCUCAAGCAGGCAGCCCGCAAGUUCAAAGAGGUUGACCGUUGGGAGCUGGAGUUUGAAGAGGUCACGGAGGCCUCGUCACCGAAUCGGGAUGCGCGGUGA